CCCAGCGGACUGGAUGCAAAAGUGCACACGGAAAUGGCGUUUAGCUUGCUGUUAGCAUGUGAUACUAGUUUGCUUCCCUGCUACAAAAACAAAGCAGCGUUCAUGCAGCGUUUCUCACUCAGCUUCCGCUCGGUGUUAAUCGGUUAAGAUGCAGCAAACGUGUGUUUGCUGUUUUUAUGCCAAGUCCUCUUUUACUGACCUUUGACUUAAUAUAAACAGGAACCUCUAACGUUAGCUUAGCAACUUUGGCUUGGUGUGCUGUCAAAAAGUUAUGGACCACCACAUUUCCAGCAGCAGCUAUCACAAACACCAGUCCUCAUACAAAAGAGAAAGAGAUGACGGUGGAAGAAAUCCAUGUGAGAGUAAACGCUUCAGAACGAACAACCAGCACCAGUAUCAGUCUGGUUCAGCUCCGGGGCAAAACCCUUUGAGCUCCAGGACUUUAAGUACCAGAAAGGAACUUUAUGAACGAGACUUUCCUGUUUACAAACAGCCUGUGGAAGUGGGAUGUUUUUCCCUCAACUCUGAGCGUAGAUUCUUCAAUGACAGCAGGCAGAUGAGGUAUUAUGUGGAGCCUGACAGAAAUCCAAAUUUUGACCUGAGGGAUGGAUACAGGGAUCGCUUUAUAAAGAGAGACGACAGCGUGAAGGAGAGGCUGGACCAUAUCCUCCGGUGGAUGGUAGCCAGUAAAUCAAAGCUUAACCCAAGGGUGGCAGCAGCUUCAUCACGCACAUUGGAUGUCGACUUUGUGACGUGGCGGGGCCAUCUGACCAAGCUACUGACCACUCCUUAUGAGACAAAGGAGGGCUGGUUGUUAGCAGUCACCAGGUUCAGGGGCACGUUUUACAUCAGCGAGGUGGAAACUGAAACUGCUCGCAGGGAACGGGAAAACCGCACUGAGAGGCAUGAAGAGAUGAUGUACUGGGGAUACAAGUUUGAGCAAUAUACAUGUGCAGAUAACGCCCACAGUUCACCUGACCCUGGAGGAGUCGUUAACACCAACGAGGCCUUCUGCACUGUGGUGCAAACUCGGCUCGCAGAUCACAGAUUGCUGUUCUCUGGCGAGGUGGACUGUCGGGACAAAGAUCCCAAAGCUCCGGCUCCUCCUGCCUGUUACGUGGAGCUGAAGACCUCUGCAGAGAUCUGCACUCCCAAACAGCGCAGCAACUUCCACAGGUUCAAAUUGCUAAAGUGGUGGGCCCAGUCGUUUCUCCCGGGAGUCCCUCGAGUGGUGGCAGGUUUCCGAGAUCAGGAAGGUGUAGUUGUUUCUGUGGAGACCUUUCACAUCUCUAAGAUUUCCCAUCUCAUCAAGAACGAGUACAACUGCUGGAAGCCGACUGUAUGUAUGAACUUCUGCUGCGAUUUCCUGUCUUUUGUGAAGCGCGUAGUUACUGAAGACAGUCAUAGAGUUGUGUACCUGUUCUCCUGGGAGCCCUACAAAGAUGUUACCUACUCUGUCCACAGAGACUCUCAGUAUUGCUUCCUGCCACUCUGGUAUGUUGAGGAGAUGACCAGUAAUGAAGACUCCCACCAUCAGCCCAAAGUGUAAUUUAUACUUUUGCAUUAAAUCUAUGUAGAACCUGUGAUGUAGCUUAUGUUAAGUGGCCGACCCUGUUACCAGUGCUGGAGUGCCUGUGUUCCUCACAAUUUUGCUGCCAAAAAAUGGUAGUUUGAUAACGGGGUUUCUCUCUUGGAGUUGAUUGAUUCUCGUCCAAUCAAUUUGAAGAAGGAGCCAUAAAUGCAUAGGAGGAAGGGAGGGGCACAUCAGCAUAAGUUAUAGCAUAGGAUUUGUGGUUAUAAUGUCACUAUGGCAUAGAUUUAUCGCAGAAGUAUAAAUCCAGCAAAAGGCGCGAGUCCAUCAUUAAACUGUAGACCUCCAGUGGAGGGUUCUGUACCAAAAUAUGGACAUUUGAUUUGUUAGAAAUUUGCACGAGCUCACUCAUCAGUCUUCUGGGGCGAUUUAAUCAUUUGUUAAGCAGCACUGAAUUAGAUUGUUGUAUUGGUUUAAA